AAAAGAAAAGACAGCUAGAGACAGGCGAUUUUCUCAACUUUUACAAAGAAAAACUGUGCAAGUGCAUAAAAACAAAACGCAUAAGAAACGUGAAAUGGGCGGCCACGACAACUGGAACUAUAAACGCAAUUCCAACGGCAAUAGCGACGAUGAUUCCAUCACCGAGCCGGAGCAUAUGCGGAAAUUGUUCAUCGGUGGGCUGGAUUACCGCACCACCGAUGAGAACCUGAAGGGUCACUUCGAGAAAUGGGGCAACAUCGUUGACGUGGUGGUCAUGAAGGAUCCGCGCACGAAGCGAUCCCGUGGUUUCGGAUUCAUUACCUAUUCCCAUUCGAGUAUGAUCGACGAGGCCCAGAAGUCGCGUCCCCACAAGAUCGAUGGCCGCGUGGUGGAACCCAAGAGGGCUGUGCCCCGCCAGGACAUCGAUUCCCCGAACGCCGGCGCCACCGUCAAGAAACUGUUUGUCGGCGCCCUCAAGGACGAUCACGAUGAGCAGAGCAUCCGGGAUUACUUCCAGCACUUUGGUAACAUCGUAGACAUCAACAUCGUCAUGGACAAGGAGACGGGCAAGAAGCGCGGAUUCGCCUUCGUGGAGUUCGACGACUACGAUCCCGUCGACAAAGUUGUGUUGCAAAAGCAGCAUCAGCUCAAUGGCAAAAUGGUGGACGUGAAGAAGGCCCUGCCCAAGCAAAACGACCAGCAGGGAGGCGGCGGUGGAGGUGGACGUGGGGGUCAGGGAGGUCGUGCCGGUGGAAACCGCGGCAACAUGGGCGGCGGUGGCGGCAACUACGGCAACCAGAAUGGAGGCGGCAACUGGAAUGGCGGUGGUAACAACUGGGGCAACAACCGCGGAGGCAACGAUAACUGGGGCAGCAACAACUUUGGCGGCGGCGGCGGAUACGGCGGUGGCAACAACAACUGGGGCAACAACAACCCCUGGGAUAAUGGCAAUGGCGGCGGCAACUUUGGCGGUGGUGGUGGCUCCAACUGGAACGGUGGUGGCAAUGACUUUGGUGGCUACCAGCAGAACUAUGGCGGCGGUCCUCAGCGAGGUGGCGGCAACUUUAACAACAACCGCAUGCAACCCUACCAAGGAGGUGGCAACUUCAAAGCAGGCGGUGGCAAUCAAGGCAACUAUGGCGGCAACAAUCAGGGCUUCAAUAACGGUGGCAACAACCGCAGAUAUUGAGACACAUACCAGACGAGGUGAUAAUGUAAAAGUCGCUCAGUAUAAGCCCAAAAUUCAAAGUCAAGUAAACGAUACGCAAUUCAAUGAUCAAUAACGAGUAUGAACGCACGUUCGUUCAUAGACCUAAGAAGUUUUCCGAGCACCACAAACCAAACCAAACCAAACCAUACAUGACAGAGAAGAGAAGAGAAGAGAUUGAUCAGGAUCAGUGCAGUGCAGUGCAGUGCAGUCGUAAGGAGUUUGGUUCAGACUUGGAUUAGAACAGAAAAAGAGAAAUAUCAGUACCAGAACCAGACCAGUGCAGUACAGAGCAGAGCAGUGUGUGAGCUAAGCAAAAGAGACUUACAAAUCCAAAUCAUUCAGAGAGAGAUCGCACACAGCAAGUGGCAGUACACGUACACAGCAGCUGGCCAGGAUUCCGUUCGAUUUGUGUUUGCACACGGUGAUUGGUGAUUGAUUGAUUUUUAAGGCGCAUCGAAAACUAUCCAAUUACCCAUAGAAUUGUAAUCUUAUCUCACAUUGUAGCAAACCCACUCUUAAGUAACAUUGUAAUUAGCAACAAGCCGACAGGCCAAACAUUUGUAUCUCCACACAACAACCAACCUAUAUAACCGCAGCCAUAUAAAUGAAUCAGCUAUAUAUGUAAAAUUCAAGGCGGCAGCCGAGAGAGAUAUAUGUUUAUUUGUAUCUAGACAGCUCAUCCAGCCCAUCGGCCGCCGAAAACUUUUGAUAAUCAGUGCAGAAAACACAAAAUAUAAAAAAAAUGUAUUACCAUUUAUGACUUCACUAGACUAAGUUCUCAUAGAUUUAAAUCGAGUAGAGCGUGCGGCGAUCUUCAGCAGUCGCACGCUGCCCUAGACUUAAUUAUUUACUAUUCAAGUUCUAAGCGAACUUGACGGUGUGUGGAGGAACCUAGAUACUUAGAUUUCUUUGUAAGUGUCUUGACAUGGAAUUAACCUAUCCCCGCUGUUUAGAUGUAACCAAUGAACAAAAACAACACUUAAUGUAAUCUAUACCUUUUAGCAAGCAGUCUGUCUGAGGUCAGCGCAAUUAUAAUUAACAAAAUUUACAUUUUAAUGUAGCGAAAAAAUACAAGAUUUCAAAUAUA